UAAAAAAAAAAACGUAAAACAAAAAAACAUCAUCAGUAAGCCAGUCAUUAUACAAACGUGAUCAAUGAAAUUAUAGUUAGUGUGUGUGCUGAUUUAUAUUUGUUUAUGAUAUCUAAUUGCAUUAUCAAUCAUUUGUACAAGAAUUAGUUUGUAAAUAGUGUUAGAGGUCUAGAAGUAGGUUCUAGAAUGUAGUGUUAGACUUCAUGGUGCAAAUGGUAGAUACAACUUAAAAUACAAAAUACUAAAAUGGAGAAAAGCAAAACGUUUGAAUGGAUCGCUCCAGAUGGCGGGUUUGGUUAUGUUAUUUUAAUAGCCAUUUCGAUUAACUUGUCUAUUUAUAACAUUUGCAUAAACUGUUAUGGACUUAUAUACAAGGAAUACUUCGCGGAGUUGCACAUGAAUUCAAGAGAUAUCACACUUUUGGGAGGAGUUUCGGCCAUGAGCUGUUCUAUUUCAUGUUUCUUUACAGGGCCAUUAUUAAGGAUACUAUCGACACGAAAAGCUUUUUUAAUAGGAGCGGUUUUUUUUAACUUUGGUAUGUUUUGCACUGCAUUUGCUCGGAGCAAGGUUAUAUUCUUCAUAUUCCAAGGAUUCAUUCAGAAUAUUGGUACCGGCCUUAUAUUUAACAUUUCAAAUACAGUAUUGAAUGAAUAUUUCGUGAAGAAACGCUACCUUGCUGUAAGCAUAACACAGACAGUAGCUGCUUUAUCAUCAUUUAUAAUGCCGCAAAUUUUACAAUUGACGUCACAAACUUAUGGCUACAGAGGUUCGGCCAUUUUUGUGUGUGCUGUGUCUGUUCAUGCGAUUGUGGCUGGUGCUCUAAUGCAACCAAUCUCUUGGCAUUUGAGAAGAGUCGAAGUAUCUCGUGAUGAGAAUGAAAUAAAGUUACUCGUAAAAGAGGGCAACGAGGCGGCAAAAUCACAAAACGAUGAUGAUAUAGAUAAAACAAAACCAGACAGAACUUUGCACGAUGAAUUCAUAUCUAAUAAAAAACAUGGAAUUAAACGCCAAAUGAAGAAUUUACUUGAUUUUGAACUGAUAAAAACGUUCACAUUAUCAAUAGAGUGCAUUGGUCCAUCCCUGGGUUUGGUAAUAGAUGUCACAUAUCUCUAUAUGCUGCCUCAAGCUUUGCAAUCAUAUGGUUGGAACGAAGCGAAUAUGGCGUGGGCCUUCUCGUUGAUUGCACUCGGUGAUUUAUUGAUGAGGAUUUUUCUCAUUUUACUGAACAAAUGGUUGAAUAAAUUAGGAAGCAGCAAAAUGUAUAUUGCUGGCAUGAUCGUUACUGUUUUAGCUCGAUUGGGGAUAUCAGCAUCCAACAGCUAUGCAACCUCGCUGGCUUUAUUCACAUUGAUCGGUGCGACUCGCUCGAUAGUUUUCGUAGGAUUAGUGCUCGUGACGUCAGACGCUGUCGGCCCGGAUAAAUUCUCAGAUGCCAUCGGAAUUUGCAUGUUGGCUUGUGGGAUUGAGAACUUGUCAUUGGCACCUAUCAUUGGAGCUAUAAGAGAUUAUACCGGGAACUACACAAUAGCAUUAAAUAUUAUGACUGCAAUUUUUGCUUUCAUCGCACUGGCGUGGAUUAUAAAACUUUGUUGUUUUAACAAUACUGCAAAAAGAAUCAAAGAAAACUCGAAUAAAUCAUGAUUUUUA